CGAAAUGCAAAACGGUCAGGAAAACCCUCGAAAUCCGGUGGUAUUUUCCGUUUCAAAAAAUCAUUAUCCGUUCCCAACUCGUCGGAAGCAUUGGAUUCAUCUGUUGACCGUGAUACGUCCACUCCCGACUCAGUGGCUACGUCGACAGAAGAAAAAACACCGAUUUCCCAUGGCAAGCUGUCUCUAACCAUGGACAAUGGACAGACUGUGUUGGACGAGAUCCCUAACAAAACUGUCGUCCCACGCUCACCACUGCUGUUUCGCCUAUUUGAAUCCAGUCUGUUCAACAUGGACAUGGCAAUACAGUAUUUCUUUCAAACCGAGGAAGAGCAUAUCCAGGCUUAUUUGGCUAAACGGCUUUUCGGCUUUCCCACAUCCGAUGUGGAUUUCUACCUCCUUCAGUUGGUAUCCCUCUAUCAGAAGUCCAAUGAAUUAGCCAAACACAUUCAUCCUUACUUCAUUCAUCGUUGCACGGAAUCCACGGAGUUUGCCAUUCAUCUGGUCUGGCUGUUGGAUACAUUUUGUUCACUACCUCGUGAUGCGGGCAAUCGUAGUUCCACUCUGAACCGUCCAUCCUCUGUGCCCGCAUUUUCACAUGCCGCAAGCAAUCUGUCCUUGGCCACUUUGGUUCAGACUACUAGCAGCACCGUAUCUGGGCCCAACUAUGUCCACGGCUCUGACAAUCCGAAUGGACUAAACAGCCCCGUAGACGGUCUGACACCGAGCGAAGUGGCUCUACUAUCCAAUCAGAUUUUUACGGCACGUCAGUUGCGUACGAUCUUAUUGCCAUCACCGGAGGAAUCUCUACUAUUUCUUGCCUAUCACUCCAAGGCACCCUCGGAGAAUUCAUCGUGUUCCACCACUCAGCCUGCUAAUCCGUGCAAUCCGACGCCGGAGCGAUCAGCUGAUCCGAUUCUGCUCAAGUCCUCCGUGGAAGCAUUCGGACCUGGUCGCGUGACUCAGAUUGAUGUGAAAUCACACACACCUAUGGAAAUACCUUCGGCUGCCUCGUAUCUCCUAAGCCACAAACGAGCCGUGUCUGAUGUGACUAAUUUCGGUCGUUUUCAUCCCCGUGUCUCGCGGUCCGAUCCGUGCCGUACCAAUUUGAAUGGCUCGUUGCGCCGGUCGCAAGACGAGCAGUGGUCUUCCGAGGAUUCCGCGGUUGGUUUGUCUCGCGAGGGCGAAAUUUUCCCCGAGGAUGCUAUCACCGACCUCCGAUUGAAUCACACACGUUCUUCCGUACGGGAAUCGUUUGACAGUUCCGGUUCCCAUCGCUCCUGUGAUGCGUCUGAUCAGCAUUUGUCCGGCCUGGUGAAAGCCGGUUCUUCGACAAAUUUGCACAAGAUUACCGUCAAGGAGUCCACGGUUUGUACUCAAUUCCACACUCGAUUGAGAGGUACUCGUAGCUUACAACGGCUCACUACUCACGAGAUGCCCGGCUCAGCUCGACCCCAAUCGUUCGUGAUGACACGAAACGGUUCACUGGAUAACCUGUCUCACGAUCACCCCGUACCGGAUGGGGAGGCACCUGAUUCAUCCGGGAUCACAACCACCACGACGACCACAACAUCGUCCAGUCCAUUGGAUAGUGGUUUGCACUUGGUCAUCUCCACUGAGCAUUCACACAAUUCAACCGCGGAAGAGACGCAGUCCACGGGGGCCGGGACCGUGUCCGCUACUUCCAUUGAUCACCCGGCACUGACUUUGCAACUUCGCCUAUUCCCUCGUCUGAUGCCCGAAUGGGAGUUUAUCGAUGGCCUGUCCCGGCUAGCCAGACGACUUGUUCCGAUCAGUUCGAAAGAGCGUCGAAUUCUCGUGGGUGCAGCUCUUCAUGGUACUCACUAUUAUCAUCCCGAUUGCAUGGUCACAGCGGUUAGUGUUCAAUACCACACAUUCCUACUGUUCGUUCAAUCCGAUCCCCCCCGCCGUCCACCGUCAUCCUAUUCUCUGUUGCUUUUGUCACUGUGUUGUUCACUCAUGACUACCUCAGCAUGGUGA